AUGAGAGCAAUGCAGCCGAAGUCUACCCUACAAACCGCGCUUUCCAAAGACGAUGACUAUUCGCAAUAUUGGCCAGAUUACCUACGGCCAAGCUCAGAAAAAGAAUUCAGACAGCCUUUAUGUGGUAACAUCGAGGGUUGGGGUCCCAUAAGUCCUUUUCGCUACGAUUUCACGCCAUGCUUCCUCGAUGUGUGGAUCACUGCAGUAGCACUCUUUGGCAUUGUCUUUGGGGCGGGCGCGAUAUGGUUUCUCUUCAAAAGGAGGUCUAAAUCACCAGUCCGUAAGAAUUGGCACUUCUACACAAAACUUGCUGUUGUCAUUGCCCUCCUAGUCACAACCGCCCUCCAGGCCAGCCUCCAGGUCGCAGCACUCCCGGAUGUCUGGUUUGGUGACUUCCGCUUCUGGACCACUGUGAUCUCAUUUGCAUCAUUGCUGGUUAUUGGCCUGGUCCAAUACUUUGAACAUUGGAGAAGUCGUCAGCCGAAUGGCGUUGUACUAUUUUACUGGCUGCUGCUUCUUAUUGCAUUUACCGUUAAGCUCAGAUCGUUGAUCUCGCAGCAAGCCUUCAGAUCUCGCACUCCAUACUUCGCUACAUUCUGCGCCAGCUUUGGUUUGGCCGGCGUCGAAUUCAUCCUCGAAUACUUUGUCCCAAAGAGACAAUCCGAUUACGACGCAUUGGGCGAUGAAGAUGAAUGCCCUUAUGAAUAUGCCGAUAUCUUCAGUGUCCUCACCUUUGGCUGGAUGACUCCACUGAUGAAAUAUGGAUAUAGAGAGUACUUGACUCAAGAUGACCUGUGGAACCUUCGGAAAAGGGAUACAACAAGGGUGACAGGAUCAUCACUCUCCGAAAGCUGGAGUGACGAGUUGGAUAAGAAGCACCCUUCCCUAUGGUGGGCUAUGUUCCGCAGCUUCGGCGGCCCAUACUUCAGAGCCACAUGCAUCAAGACGCUCAGCGAUAUGCUGCAAUUUGUUCAGCCACAAUUGCUUCGGCUGCUCAUAUCAUUUGUGGAUUCUUGGAAGCAAGGUAGCUCUGAACGUCAGCCAAUCGUCCGUGGUGCCGCGAUCGCCAUUGCAAUGUUUGCGGUCUCUGUCUCACAGACCGUCUGCUUGCAUCAGUACUUUCAGCGUGCAUUUGAGACUGGUAUGAGAGUUAGGGCAGCUUUGACCGCUAUGAUUUACUCAAAAUCCAUGAAACUCUCGAACGAAGGUCGAGCUGAAAAGUCGACCGGUGAUAUAGUCAACUACAUGGCUGUUGACACUCAACGCUUGCAAGAUCUCACUCAGUACGGGCAAAUGCUUUGGUCUGCUCCAUUUCAAAUUAUCAUCUGCAUGGCUUCCUUAUAUCAAUUGGUGGGUUGGAGCAUGCUAGCUGGUGUAGGCGCCAUGAUCUUGAUGAUUCCAGUCAAUGGUGUGAUCGCGAAGCUCAUGAAAAAUCUACAGAAAAAGCAGAUGAAGAACAAAGACGCCAGGACACGGCUGGUGACCGAGAUUUUGAACAACAUGAAAAGCAUAAAGCUUUAUGCCUGGUCGCAGGCUUUCAUGAAUAAACUUAAUUUCGUGCGUAACGAGCAAGAGCUUAAGACUCUACGUAAGAUUGGGGCUGCCCAAGCUUUUGCAAACUUCACAUGGACCACCACUCCUUUCCUGGUAUCCUGUUCAACUUUUGGAGUCUUUGUGCUCGUUCGUGACGAGCCACUGUCUACAGAAAUAGUCUUCCCUGCGUUGACGCUUUUCAAUCUUCUUGGCUUCCCGCUUGCUAUUCUGCCUAUGGUGAUAACGUCUAUUGUUGAGGCUACCGUUGCCGUCGGGCGAUUGACGAGUUUCUUCACUGCUGAGGAGGUGCAGGCAGAUGCAGUUGGAUGGAGGACAGCUGCCGUCAACAUUGGAGAUGAGUCGGUCAGAGUACGAGACUCAACUUUUGCAUGGGAUCGCAAUGAUAGUCGGAAGUGCCUCCAGGAUGUCAGCUUCACUGCGCACAAAGGAGACCUCUGCUGUAUUGUAGGACGUGUUGGUUCAGGCAAGACGUCUUUCUUGGAAGCUGUCCUUGGCAACGUGUGGAAAAUCCAUGGCGAAGUCAUUGUUCAUGGCGCACUUGCCUACGUCGCUCAGCAAGCAUGGGUGAUGAAUGCAAGUGUGAAGGAAAACAUAGUGUUUGGACAUCGCUGGGAUCCAGCCUUCUAUGAUCGUACGCUGCAUGCAUGCGCAUUGGUAGAUGACAUGAAAACCCUGCCCGAUGGCGACCGGACUGAGGUUGGAGAGCGUGGUAUUUCGCUUUCUGGAGGUCAAAAAGCACGCUUGACGUUGGCCAGAGCAGUCUAUGCGCGAGCGGACGUCUAUUUGCUGGACGAUGUACUUUCAGCGGUCGAUCAGCAUGUAGGUCGACAUUUGAUCAAUAAUGUUCUUGGGCCAAAAGGAGUCCUAGCAUCAAAAACGAGAAUUCUUGCGACGAAUGCAAUACCCGUGCUCGUUGAGGCCGAUUCCAUCACUUUGCUUCGGGAGGGUAAGGUAGUUGAGACUGGUACUUACGAUCAAUUGAUGGCAAUGAAAGGGCAAGUAUCCGACCUUAUCAGAACGGCCAACAAUGAAGAAAGUACUACCGAAGGCACCUCAUCUCCAAGCGUCGACGAAAGCGAAGGCUCAAGUAGCGCAGUGAGCGAAGAUCUAAAGACGGUCUUCGGCCCAGGCAAUGCGGAGCAAGAGGAAAAGGAUGUUAUGAAUGAGCCAACAGCCCAAUUGGCUCCCAUCAGAGUACCUACAGAUACCAUCCGGCAUCACAGCAGCGAUUCACUCCGAAGAGCUAGCACGGCGUCAUUUAAAGGUCCUCACGGCAAGCUUCAAGAUGAGGAAAACACAAUCAUUAAGUCUAAGCAAGCCAAGGAGACCUCCAGCCAAGGGAAAGUAAAAUGGGACGUCUAUACUGAAUACGCUAAAACGAGCAACCUGUUUGCCGUCGCAAUAUACCUUGUCGCCCUUGUGGCAGCACAAACCGGACAGAUUGCGGGUAGCGUUUGGUUGAAACGAUGGUCCGAGAUCAAUCAGUACUAUGGAAGUAACCCUCAAGUCGGGAAAUACAUCGGCAUAUAUUUUGCCUUUGGUAUCGGCGGGGCUGCAUUAACCGUCGUGCAGACACUAAUCCUAUGGAUCUUUUGCUCCAUCGAAGCUUCCCGCAAACUUCAUGAAAGGAUGGCGUAUGCCAUGUUCCGCUCGCCAAUGGCCUUUUUCGAGACCACACCAUCUGGGCGAAUCCUCAAUCGGUUCUCCAGUGACAUCUACAAAGUAGACGAGGUUUUAGCACGGACCUUCAACAUGCUCUUUGUCAAUGCUGCAAGAGCGUUUUAUACCCUUAUCCUAAUUUCAGUAUCUACGCCACUUUUCGUUGCGUUGAUACUUCCGUUGACAGGUGUCUAUCUGUACAUACAGCGAUACUAUCUACGUACCUCACGUGAACUGAAAAGACUUGACAGCAUUAGUCGAAGCCCUAUCUACGCUCAUUUUCAGGAAUCACUUGGAGGCUUGAAUACCAUUCGCGCUUAUCGUCAACAAGCAAGAUUCGCACUCGAGAAUGAAUGGCGCGUGGACGCUAAUCUCCGCGCUUACUUUCCUUCGAUGAGUGCGAAUAGAUGGCUAGCCGUCCGGCUAGAAUUCAUUGGCUCCUUCAUCAUUCUUGCAUCCGCCGGGUUCUCAAUUAUUUCUGUUGCCAGAGGGAAUGGACCAUCAGCUGGCCUCGUGGGUCUUGCCAUGUCAUACGCUCUUCAAGUCACUCAAAGUCUGAACUGGAUUGUACGUCAGACGGUGGAAGUUGAAACGAAUAUUGUCUCCGUAGAGCGCGUACUAGAAUAUGCAAGACUACCAAGCGAGGCACCUGAUGUGAUCUCCAAGCGAAGACCGAAGCUCAGCUGGCCUGCAACAGGAUCUGUGGCCUUCGAAAACUACUCUGCAAGGUACCGACCGGAACUUGAUCUAGUCCUUAAAGAUGUCAAUCUCCAGUUCAAGUCCCACGAGAAAAUAGGUGUUGUCGGAAGAACAGGCGCUGGGAAAUCGUCUUUGACUUUAGCACUUUUCCGGAUCAUUGAGCCUGACGCAGGCCAUAUAGCUAUCGAUGAUCUGAAUACAUCCACCAUUGGUCUAUUUGACUUACGCCAGAGGCUUGCAAUAAUUCCUCAAGAUGCUGCUCUAUUUGAAGGUACCAUCCGAGACAAUCUAGACCCUGGACAUGUACACGAUGAUACGGAUCUCUGGAGCGCACUUGAUCAUGCGCGGUUGAAAGAGCAUGUUGCAAGCAUGCCUGGUAAAUUGGAGGCUAGGGUCCAUGAAGGGGUUCUUGAUGAAGCGACAGCAGCCGUUGACAUCGAAACGGAUGCAUUGCUGCAAGCGACCCUAAGAAGCAACAUCUUCAAAGACCGAACCAUCAUCACCAUUGCACAUCGCAUCAACACCAUCCUAGACUCCGACCGGAUCGUCGUCCUUGACCACGGUACUGUGGCCGAAUUUGAUACACCCUCCGCUCUCGUCAAAAGCAAGGGUUUAUUUUUUGAAUUGGUUCGAGAGGCUGGCUUACUAGACAGCGUGGAGGGUCAAUGA